UUUGACAAUUUAUAAUUACAGUGAUGUUUCAUACAAUAAUUUAUCAGGGAGCCUUCCUUCCUGGGUUAAUGAUCAAAAUUUACAAGUUAAUUUAGUUGCAAACAACUUCACAAUAGAUCUUUCAAAUAGCAGUGGUUUGCCAUCAGGUCUGAAAUGUCUUCAACGUAACUUUCCUUGCAAUAGAGAACCUCCAAUCUAUUCUCAGUUUGCAAUAAAGAGUGGUGGUCCACCGAUCACGUCUUCCGAUGGAAUCUUGUAUGAGGGGGAAAAUGAGACUCUUGGUGCUGCAACAUCUUAUGUUACUGGUACAAACCGAUGGGGUGUCAGUAAUGUUGGAUAUUUUACCGGAACCAAAAAUCCUCAGUAUACUGCUUCCUCAUCAUCGCAAUCCACAAAUACUUUGGACCCUGAGUUAUUCCAAACGGCAAGGGUUUCUGCUUCGUCACUAAGAUACUAUGGUUUGGGGCUUGAGAAUGGCAAUUACACUAUCAACCUUCAGUUUGCAGAAAUAGUAAUUGAGGAUGGUAACACAUGGAGGAGUCUUGGGCGGCGUGUUUUUGAUGUUUAUGUCCAGGGCAAUCGUGUGCUAAAGGAUUUUGACAUAAGAAAGGAGGCAGGUGGAGUCUCUAAACGAGCUGUAGAAAGGAGCUACAAGGCUCAGGUGUCUGAAAAUUACCUUGACAUCCAUUUAUUUUGGGCGGGGAAAGGGACUUGCUGCAUUCCUUCUCCGGGUACAUAUGGACCUUCUAUUUCAGCAAUCAUUGCUACCCCAGAUUUCAUACCAACUGUUAGUAACAAGCCUCCAACUAGUAAAAAGGAUAGGACUGGUCUUAUUGUGGGAAUUGUUGUUGGCAUUGGAGUAGCAAGCUUUCUUCUUGUCUCUCUGGCAGCCUCCAACUAG